AUGAUUUGCUGGACUCGGAAGUGUGUCAAGGCCAUACAGUACUAUCUGGAGGCCAGCGGCCGGGAGGUACCGGAGCUGGCGUACCACAUCCACGGCCAGCUCAGCUCGGCGGCCGACGCCGACCGCACCGACGGCCACGUGGUGUAUCAGAUGACCGAGACGGCGGUGGUGGCGCUCUGGGAGGACCGACGUCUGAUGGCGGCCGACACUACGGGCCUGCGCACGUGGCAGGCGGGCAAAGCGCUGCUGGACUGGUACCUGCUGCGGCCGGAGGCGAUCCAGGGCAGGCGGGUGCUCGAGCUGGGGGCCGGCCUCGGCCUGACCGGUCUGGCGCUAUGCAGGACGUGCUCACCGGCCUCCUACCACGUGACGGACGGCCAUCCCCUGGUAGUGGAGAUGCUGAAAUACAACGUCCUGAAAAAUCUCGAACUCGCGGAGGACGACUUGCCAGUUGUGGACGAGUCGGCGUGCGCAGCGUUUGUCUCCGACGCGCCGGCCAGCGCGCCGCUAAAACCGUGCGGCGGUCCGGCUGACGGUGGCGCCACCUGCGUCGGCGAUCUGCGUAUGGCCCUGGACGGCACGGAACUGCGCGCCGGCACCCUGGACUGGUUUACCUUCACCGCCGAGGAGGCUCGUGACCUGGACGUGGAUCUGGUGCUCACUGCUGAUGUGACCUACAACCCGGAACUGCACGAGCCGCUGGUUCGCACGCUGCGGCUGCUGCUGGAUCACGUGCGGCGGCCGCCGGAGGUGCUGAUGGCGCUGACCGACCGGAACGAGGGCACCACCGCCCCUGUUCAAGGCCUGAAGCCGCGGCUGCUGGCCACGCCAGCCAACAAUCAGUCCAGCUUCCUCAUGGAUGAGGUCUCCAAGGUCAAGAUCUUCCAGAUCAACCCGCAUCCCGGAUCUGCCGGCCGCCUGACGGACCGGACUGUUGGUCACCACUGUCUGACGGACCGGACUACUGGACUGUUGGGUACCACCGUCUGA